CCGCAAAACCCUUUUUUGUUUACGCGGGUUACAAAGUUUUAUAAGGGCAACAGGAGAAAGAUGGUACCACCGUCUCCAGGCCACCACCGUCAAACGCAAGUGGACACAGCAUCCACCAAUGAUGUUGUCCAACGUUCAGCUAGAAGGAUUCAGCAGCGUAUACACCUCUCUGUUGACGUUUGUAAGCCAAAGAGAAAGUGCAAGGCGAUGAAAGGGGAUACUGGCUCAACCAAAUAUCAUGACGCGCCUCUGUCUGAGUAUGAAUUGGAGAGGCUUGAGAACAUUCGCCAGAAUAAGGCCUUCCUUUCAGGUCUCAACCUUCCACAGCUGGCUGACAUGAUGAGACCAAAGUCUGUACCUCGGAAAAAGGUGGUAAGGGAGGCCCUUCCUCCUAGGAAGUCACUGCGUCUGCAGAACAUAGACGUGGACGUUCCAGAAUCUGAGGAAGAGCUCAUCCUGGAGGGGCCUGUCCCAAUGUGCCCUUUGAACCUGAAAGAUGGGAGUUCACUUCCUGAGGAGUUGGUCCGUCUGUGGACUGAGGAACCUGUCAAGCAAGACAGAAAAUGGAAAGGAAAGAAAAUGGACUUGGAGAGUUACAAGGAGGGCCUUCAGAAGAUGGGCAUACAGGAGGAUUGUGUUGCGAAGGUGGUGCAGCAAAUUAUCUUCUCAGCGGCUUUCCAUCCCUGUGACGGCAGUCUGCUAAUGGCCGCUGGGGACUUCUGGGGCAAAGUGGGCAUCUGGAAUCCGGAGGCUAGCUGGGGGGACAAUGGAGUUCUGAUCUUCAGACCACACACCAGACAGAUCACCUCCAUGAAGUUUUCAAACUCGCAACCGUCGACCCUCAUCACUACCAGUGCUGACGAGACUGUACGGGCUGGAGAUGUGGAAUGCGCCACUUUUGAUGAGGUGUGCCGUUUUAAGGACUUGAGGAGCUUUGAUUUCUUGUCAGACGACUGCACCACAUUACUCUUAGGAAACAAAUGGGGACGUGUUACCAUCUGCGACAUGCGCACUAGAACGUCAUCACAUGAGUCUUUCUAUGCUAUGGAUCCCUUCUCAAGCAAGAUUAUGCGCUGUGUCCACGUCCAUCCUGUACACCGGAUGUACUUUUUGGCAGCUGGGAUCAAUGGGGUCCGUAUUCAUGAUGUACGGUACCUGAAGAAGGAGUCCAACCAGGCUGUGUCGGACCUGAGGGGGGAGGCUUUUGUCAGGGGUGCCUACUUCUCUCCUGACACAGGAAACCGAGUACUUGGUACCUGCAAUGAUGACACACUCAGGGUGUUUGACACAUCACAGAUGAUCUCUUCACCACCCCUCAUCACCUCCAUCCCGCACAAGACCAAGGUUAAAGGCUCGACCAAUAUCCAGGCCAUGUGGGACCCCAAACAGGAGGACUGCUUUGCUGUGGGCUGCAUUGGAUCGCCACCCAGAAUUAAGGUUUUCCACGAGAAUGGCAAGCUGCUCCACACAUUCGAAAUCCCAGACGAAAUGGCGACAAGCGCUUGCGACAUUGUGGCAUUCCACCCCAGCAGGUUUGCACUGCUUGGGGGAAAUUCCUAUGCCAGACUCCAUGUCUUUACAUAAUCCACCUGCACCUUUUUGGUUAAGUUAAUUCAAUUUAAUAUCAGUUUGUUUUUUUAAUGUGUAGCAAAAAUGUGUUUUGGGCCUGUAUGCCUUUUAUUUUGAUUGGACAGUAAGUCUGAGCCAUGGCAACCACCGUGCAAAUUAUUUGAAACUUUCCAAGUUUCCAUUUUCAUUAUGACCAGUUGCCUUAAAUCUGUCCUGUUUGCCGUUUUGCAGCUAAAAUGUGUACAGUUGAGGUUUGUUGUGUUUCUGUAUGUUGUGUUGAGCACAAAUAAACCUGAAGUUUCUGUGAAGA